CUCCGUAGGAGGGGGUGGAGAUGAAAUUCCCCGGCUCUGUCCUGGUGUCCGUGUUCCUCUUCGUGGCCGAGACCGCCACCGCUCUGUACCUGAGCAGCACCUACAACUCGGCCGGGGACCGCAUCUGGCUGUCCCUGACCCUGCUCUUCGCGCUGCUGCCCUGCGUGCUGGUGCAGUUCACGCUCAUCUUCAUCCACCGAGACCUGAAAAGGGACCGGCCGCUGGUGCUACUGCUGCACAUGCUGCAGCUGGGACCCCUGAUCAGGUGUGUGGAAGUCUUUUGCAUAUAUUUUCAAGCUGGCAGAGUUGAAGAGCCUUAUGUCAGUAUCACCAAGAAGAAGCAUAUCCCUAAAAAUGGACUCACAGAAGAAAUUGAGAAAGAAGUGGGCAGGGCAGAAGGCAAGUUGUUCACGCACAGGUCAGCGUUCAGCAGGGCAUCGGUGAUCCAGGCUUUUUUGGGCUCAGCACCUCAGCUGACCCUUCAGCUGUACAUAAGCGUCUUGCAGCAGGAAAUCACCAUUGGGAGAAGUAUCUUCAUGUCACUGUCCCUUCUGUCCAUCGUGUAUGGGGCUUUGCGUUGCAACAUCCUGGCCAUCAAGAUCAAAUAUGACGAAUAUGAGGUCAAUGUGAGACCUGCAGCCUAUCUCUGCAUCUUCCUCUGGCGGAGCUUUGAGAUCGCUACACGGGUCGUGGUCCUGGUCCUUUUCAGCUCCGUCCUCCAGAUCUGGAUCCUCCCGGUGGUGCUUCUCAAUUUCUUCGGCUUUUUUUUUUACCCUUGGAUUCUCUUCUGGAGGAGUGGCUCCCCCUUUCCAGAGAAUAUCAAGGCCAUGAGCAGAAUGGGCACCACCAUAGUGCUGUGCUUCCUCACCUUCCUGUAUGCUGGCAUCAACAUGUUCUGUUGGUCGGCUGUACAGCUGAAGAUCAACAGUCCUGACUUGAUUAAUAAGUCUCAGAACUGGUACAGGUUGACGGUCUAUUACAUGCUGAGGUUCAUUGAGAAUGCCUUCCUCCUCCUCAUGUGGUACAUCUAUAAGACAGACAUUUACAUGUAUGUGUGUGCCCCCUUGCUCAUCCUGAAGCUGCUGAUUGCAUAUUGCACAGCCAUCCUCUUCAUGCUAGUGUUUUACCAGUUUUUCCACCCUUGCAAAAAGCUCUUCUCAUUUAGUCUUUCUCAAGGCCUAUUGUCAUGCUUCAGGUCUCUUUGCUUUCCAUGUAAAAGGCAGAGACGCAGUGACCCAGCAGAAAGGGUAGAGUUGAAAUCACCGGAUGACUCUGAAAGCCCCAUGCAGCAGCAAAAAAGUGAGCCACAGAACAGAAACCCAAACCUCAAUGUCCCUUCCAAUUCUUAAUGGGGCCAGUAGUGAGAUGGUGUCUCUCCCGGCAGCCAUUGCUUAUGUCUACAAGUCCUCUGGUCUUGUUUUCUGGGUCUGGCUGAUGCUUGUUCAGACCACCUGUAACAACACCACACAUGUCUUUGAAUAGACAGGAAGUUAUCCCUACAAAUGCACCCUCUACUCCCUGACAGCUAGCUCGAUUUAUAUGCCAUUAGAGUAUGGAAUAUGUGUGUGAAAGUGUAUGUUUGUGCAGAGAGAGUGGCAAGGAGAGUGGCAGGUUAUCAGUCCAGUGUGGUACAAAGCAUGACACCCUGUUCAACAAAGGUUGUGUGUAUAAAUGUGAAUGAUUGUGUUCUCCCAGUUGGCAUUGUCCUCUUUAGUUUGAAAACAGCAACAACAACAACAACAACAACAACAACAAAAGAGACAGCACACUUUUGUCACGUUGCAGGUCAGAACUUCAUGGAAUUUUAUCUCAGCUUUUGGAAAUAGGGAAACCUGAAAUUGAGUUGGUUAGGUAGAAUGAGGAAAAGGUCUCCCUUUUUCUUGGGUUUCCUGAUUAUCCUAUCCAGAAACUCAGAUUAUCCACCAGUCCUAAGGAUGGUCCUUGUGUAGCAGUCGGCGAUUGGGAGUUACUGCUAUGGUCAUACCAUGAGACCAUGCCUUCACUCUCUGCAUUUCUUAAGAGUGAAACCAUUAAAGUCCAACCUACAGUGAGCAGUUGAACACUGACUUUUUCUGCCUGUGCUUAGUGCAAGAAGCUUCUGCUUAAAUGCAGAAAGAAUCUAGUCUUUUCUCCAGACUGGCUGGUGGAACUAAUUGCCUGUGCAUGAUGAAAACAGAGAAGGGAAAGCCUAUGAGCUUGAUUUUCAAACCCUUGAAUCUGCUGUUUUCACACUGAUGAUCUCUCAACUUUCCCAUUCCACCCCUCAGAUCAUAUAUAUUCAAGUAUUUGGAUCUGGAGACUUUAGGUUCCAGGUGCCCCUAAGAACAAACUUGCAUUCUAGCUUUGACUUUAAUUCUAGAAGCUCUGGAGUUUUCGAAAGCAUUAAUAAGCAUUAGAUAUAUAGGCAAACUUCUGGACCAUAAGGUUCAGUUAGCAUUAAAAUAACUAACUGAGGGAGUUAUGCAGUCUCCUUCUCUGAGAGCUUCUACCAACAGGAUACCAUUCUUUUUGGGAUGGUUAGAUGUGGGUCACUUUGAAAGCAGUCUUCUAUCCUUUCAAAGUCCUUUCUCGCCUCAGGAUUUUGUGAAGUCACAGAAAACCCUGAGAUUUUUUUUUUUUAAUUUUAGAAAGUAUCAUUUCUCCCAAAAAACUCAGCCAAGACCAGCAUAAAUUUUAUAAGAAGAUCACUUGGAAAUUCCAGGCCAGUGUUAUCCAGGUAAGAUAUUUUGGUUUGUAUUACUUAAAGAAAAAAACUCAUUUUUAAGAAAGGUAGACUAAUCUUGAUGUGGAUCUUAGUGCUACCACCCUUCUCCACUGCCCCAAAGAAAUUAAGUAACCAAAAAUCCAAUGUCAAUUUAGGAUCCCUCCUUUUUUUUUUUUUUGAUACAUUCUGAAUCUGUAGUAAUGAUGACAAACUGAAGAAGGCUUCUGAUUCAACCCAUUCCUCCUUUAUUCACCUCUUCAAUUUGGUACUCUGUGUGUGGGUAUGUUGUGUGUAUAGAUGUGUGUUGACAUGAAGCUGGGUAACAUUUAUUCAAUUGUCUAGGGGAAACUAUGAUCCAAUACCUUUAUUUUUAACAUUAAAAAUUUUUCCCCUGUAACACCUGGAACCAGGUUGAAACAAAGACAUCAUUUGACAUCAUUAAAAAUGAAAUAAUGGAAUUUUAGAAUAUAAGAUAAGCUUAGACCAAGGACAUUAAAUGAACCAUAUUGUGUCAGGGAUCCAGUCUUUUUGUAUGGCUAUACUGUCUAGUAAGAUGUAUUUGUCAAAAUUCUCACUUUUAUUUGUAAUUCACAUUGGUUUGAAUUUCAUAUAGAAAACAUAAAAUGUACAUACACAAAGACAUACAAUUUGAUGCACUGUUUUUGUUAUAUUCAUGGAAAAUGAGACAAUAUAAAUGUUUUUCACCCCUAAAGGGCAUUCUCAUGUGAUGUACUAUUUUUAUACACGUUGGUUGGCAUGUCUAUAGACUACUGAUUAUUCUCACCUCUGUUUUGUGUUUGCAGAUUUUUAAAAUUUGAAGUUCUCUUGGUUUAUCAAUAUAUGUUAAAAAUUGUAUGCAUGUGAAGUCAGCAAAUGCCCUUUUUCAUUCAAAUAAGAGCAAAACAUCUUGUGUUAUGCACCAUCUUGCUGCCUCUUAGCCCACGUCAACCAUCCUUAAUACUGUUUUUUCGGCCUAAUGCAAAUCAUUAUGUGUGUGUAUGUGUGUUUGGGUGUGUAUGUGUACCUGCAUAUGUGUGUACAUGCUGAUACAUCCAUGUGUAUAUGCAUACAGAAUUACAUACUGUGCAUCUAGACAAAUAGGUGUAUUUAAAUGUACAUAGACAUUAAGUAUAUUUAAAUGUACAUAGACAUGUACAUAUGACCAUAUAAAAUAUUUUUUCUGUAAUUACUUAGUGGAGAAAAAGUUUCUAUUAGGAUUGUGUCUCUAUGCAUGGCAGCAAAACCAUUCCUGGCUCCUAGUUUGGCCCCUGUUAUGCAUCUUUAAGCAGUUUGGUCACCUCUCUGUCCCUCCAUCCUCCCAUCUAACAAAUAUAGUAAUAGCUGACCUGUCUACUACACAGGGGUGCUGUCAGCAUCAAAGUAGAUAAUAAUCAUGACAGAUUGCACAGUUACUGUGCAACUAUAAGAUGGCAUUCGUUUCUGUCACCAAGCUCAUAAGGGAAAUCUGUUGCAGUAAGAAAGGCUGUUUUGAACUGGUACCAGUACUGUGGCUUGCAUCCAGCUUCUGAAUGAAUCCUUGGUUGUUUGACCUUGUGGAAACAGGUUUGAUUGAAUAGCAUCUACUUUGGAAAGGAGAGGUAGGGAAGUACAGAACAUCUGGUCCAGCUGAUGUUACUGUUCUUACUGCCUGUGUUCAUAAAAACUUACAUUUAUAGAUAUGGGACUGGGUGGGGAAUAAAAAUUACUACAAACUACCCCCCCUUUCUUUCAGAGGAUCCUAAAUAUGUAUCUGCUGCUGGGAAAUCUGUCUUUUUUUUGCCUCAUGCUUCCACAAAAUGCACAGGAGGCUCUUUCAAUAAUCACAUUGACAACUUGGAGGUGUGAUACUACCAGGUUUGAAUUUAACAUGUUUGAAAAACAUCUUUUUGUCUUAAAGCCGAUUCUCAAACAUAGGACAUUUCCUUGGAAAUCACCUUUAUCAUCAAAAAGUUGUCAUGGUUCUGUAUAUGUAUAUAUGAGUAUUAUACUUCUUGUGAACAGAUUGUGAGUUUUAUAUUCUGAAUCAUGCCCACCACAAUAACUAUACUAAAUAUAUCAUGGACGUGAUUUUAUUGGCUGCCUCUCUGCAGUCAUUGCCUCUAA